CCGACAGCGAGCACGCAUUCUUUUCGCGGUGCAAAGCGCGAUCGUGAUGGAUUCAUGGAAUCCGCCACCAGCCAGCGAGUGGAACUACCAUUCGCAUUUGAGGAGGCCGACAUGGAGCACCUAGUGAACCUGAUAGCGGACAUGUUGGAACGACUCAUGGCACAUAACGACCGAGUACCGCUGCUCCCUGAGAGUCUGACGCGGUUCCACUCGCGCUCUGCACCCGCCAUCUCCGUCCUGGACUACCUCAAGCGUAUCGUCCAGUAUACCAGUGCAGAGAAGUCAGUCAUGCUGAUCACGCUGUACUACAUCGACCAGAUCUGCGCAUGCAUGCCCCUCUUCGUGCUUUCGUCGUUGACAUGCCAUCGCUUCAUCAUCGCUUCGAUCACCGUCUCGAGCAAGUUCCAUUGCGAUGCAUUCUGCACGAAUUCUCGUUAUGCACGCGUCGGUGGAAUAUCCAUUCACGAACUCAAUAUGCUGGAGCGCGAGUUCUUGAAAGCGCUUGAUUGGAGGCUUCGAUGUACGCGAGAUAUCCUGCAAGAUUACUAUAUCAACCUGGUACGCACGUUUAGCAAGGGGACGUACGCUCUACCCGACCUCUCGUCGGACAGCAGUAUGGGGUUCUCUUCAGACGAGGAAAGCGACGGCGAGGACAUCACGAUGGCUUCACGACCGUCCUCCCCUUUCCGGGACGGCGCUGUACCGGGGGUACUUGUGUCUAGGCGACCGUCCGCCCUCGUGGACACGAGCUCAAUCCCCCAGGAAGCACGUCGGCCGACCAUCGAGCAGAACAUGGCCUUUGCGGAGCUACGCAACACGCACCAUGCGGCCGACCCGGACAGACGAUAAGCAGGCAUACCAGAUGCCACCGCGGUGUAAUAUACGACCCGGUAGCUUGCACCGGUAGAAGUUCACGAUACAAUGGCGCGUUCUGCGUCUUCAGCUUCGCUAUACGCUGAGAACCAUCGCAGUCUGAAUGUGAUAGUUG